AUGCUCCCUACUACAACCUCGGUCUGCACAUUUGUUCGGGGUUUGUCUGGUUUCAACCGACUGUCGGCUCAACCAGUGACAUAUCAACGCCGCGAAGACGUGUGCUCAAACCGAGGUCGUGAGGAGCUCUUGCCUACCAGGCCAGAUCGAGUAGAUGUGAUAGCAGGUUCUUGCUGGCUUGAGUACACAUUGGCCCACCGACUUGGGCCGAAGACGACUUGGGAGGGUGGAUUUUGGUGA